AUGCCGCCGCCGCCCAGCUCCUGGAAAGACGGUUUCAGCGCUCUGGGGAUGAUGUACGAGAAGCACCUCAAAGGCGAUAUCUUCCGGCUGCUCGGUGUGUGGCCUGUCUCGCCAGUCGAUUCCGCAAAGACCAUCUUGCUCGUGGCCAUACUUUUUGCCGGGCCACUUUUUGAACAUGGCAUUGUAGAUGGGGCAUGGAAAGACUGGGUGAGGGGCAGAGACGUCUACCAAACCCUCAGUAGCUGGAUUGGAUACAGAAACUAUGUUGUGGGUCCCGUCAGCGAAGAAAUCAUCUGGCGCGCAUUGAUCAUCCCACUUCACGUCCUUGCAGGCUUCUCCGCGAAGAAGAUCAUCUUCCUGAGUCCGCUCUACUUCGGCAUCGCACACGUUCACCAUCUCUACGAGUUCCGCUUGACCCAUCCCCAAACCCCGCUGUUCCUCGCCGUACUCCGCUCGCUCUUCCAGUUCACCUACACAUCACUGUUUGGCUUCUUCGCCGCCUUUGUCUUCAUACGCACGGGCAAUGUAUAUUCGGUUAUACUCGCCCAUAGCUUUUGCAACUGGAUGGGCCUGCCGCGGUUCUACGGCAGGGUGGGUGUGCAAGCCGGUGAGCCAAUCGGACCACCAGGCAAAAGCGACGAACAACCUGAAGGCGAACAUGCACACGGGCCUGCAUGGACUCUAGCGUACUAUAUGCUCCUUGUUGCCGGCGCUGUGGGGUUCUACUGGCAGCUUUUUCCGCUGACGGAGAGCUCGCACGCUUUGCCCGGUGCUCCAAAGAGAUAG